AAUAAGCACAACUAAAUAAUAAUUCUACAGAAAUGUGGUCGUCUUGUGUGCUUCGUGGUGUCGACUAGUGUCGAGGUUCUCCCUGCUCUUCCCUCCAUGCUGUUUGGCAGAUUUUAUGCCUGAACCAACCAUCGUAACAACACAAUAUUCAAGAUUUGCUUGUCAUGAUAUUGACCUGCCGUCAGCAACAAUCUUAGUAUCAUCACCUGGAUACACAGCAUCCCUUUUGAUUGGAGAAACUAUUAACGAUUUCAGUCGAGGUACGGAUCUCUUCUUCACCUUUCGUUAAAUUCCCUCUGUCCUCGUGUACGCCCAUGUGAGUGUGGGUGUAUUAUCACGAGUCUGAGGCUCUUUUUCCCAACCCGCCUGGUGGAUUCAACUUUGAUGGAUGAAGCACCUGUGGAUGCCAGGCCAUAUUUCCCAGGCAUAAAGGAAUAACGACUGCUGAUCAGUGUUGGUGUCCAGGCUCAAGGCUCUGCCUGAUAUCCCCUCCAUGCUGUUUGGCAGAUAAACAGCAUCCAGUUAGAUUGGAGAAACUACCGAUGUCGGUAGAACUUACGGAUCUCUUCUUUCCCUUUCGUCAAAUCUAGUCUGUCCUCGUGUACGCCCAUGUGAGUGUGGGUGUAUUCACGAGGAACCCCUUUCUCCUAUUCCGCCUGAUGUAAUUCAACUUAUCAGCGGAUGGAUGGAGCACUUGUGGAUGCCUGGCCGAAUUUCCCAGGCAUAAAGAAACGCCAGCCAAAUGAAGACAUCAAGGGAAACCUAAAGACUUAUAACCUUUUUUCACGCUAUUUGGAUGUCUUCGUGGGUGACGCAUCAACGCCCGUUUGGAGGUCGAAUUUCCGUUUCGACUCCAUCAUAACUGAUCCUCCUUAUGGAAUUCGUGAAUCAACCUAUAAAGUGGGUAGCAAGAAAAUCGCCCCUAUUCCGGAUGAGAUGCUGUCGACACAUUUUCCUUCUAAAACUCAGUACGGUUUAGGCGACAUCUAUAAAGAUCUUCUUAAUUUUGCCGCCAAUAGUCUCAAACUGCAUGGCCGACUGGUUUUUUGGAUUCCAAUCAUACGAAUGGAGUAUGAUCCAGACCUCCUACCUGAACAUCCUUGUUUGGAAACUAUAGCCAACAGUGAGCAGAUCCUAAAUUUGCAUUCCAGCCGUCGAUUAAUAACUAUGCAAAAGAUUAUGGAACCAAAGGAGGCUGAAGAUUCAGCAAUAAUCCACAACCUACAGUACACAUUUCGACACAAGUUCUUCAAUACCAGCGAAAUCAAAGGACAUGGAAAGGAAGACGAAAGUGCGCGAAAUCUAACGAAAAGAAGCAAACGGGGAAACGGAAUAGCAAAAUUGCCAUGUGAUAAGUAACCUAACAGUUUUUGAAUAUGCAAUACAAUACACAAGUGGCGUCAUCUUCUUGGGCAGUCUAACAUCGCCGACUUUGAUAGGCGAAAUGAAAUCACAGAAAAUGUUUUCGGCUUGAAAUUGUGGAGAACUAAGUUCUAAAAGGUUGGAAAUGAAAACUGAAAAGAUGUAACUAGAAAAGACAAGAGGCUACUGUUGAAACCUGUCAUCAACGACUCUACCGGCAUCGAAGACCAAAUAAACUUUGUCACAAUGGAGGCAGCACUCGCAGAAGAAAGAAUUUUUCUGUAUCUGUCGCUAACCGUACGAUUAUUCCGAGUUGCAUGCAUGUUCACUGUCUUGGCGUUCUGUAUGAGUCGAUCGAAAGUACACGUUAUUUACACACGUC